AUGCGCAAUCUCAUCAUCAUCGUCAUUAUCAUCGUCCUCGCGCUAGUUAUUUUGCGCCAGGCGCUCUAUGUAGUUGACGUUACCGAACAGGUAAUCAUCCUCCGUUUUGGUGAGGUGGUUAAUACUCAGAACACGCCUGGCCUAAACGUCAAACUCCCCUUCGUCGACACCGUAGUGCGACUGGACAAACGUAUCCUACGGAUUGACGCCCCGGCCACCUCGAUGCCCGACCAGGACAAAGAGAACUUGGUGAUCGACAUUUACGCUCGCUACCGCAUCAUCGAUGCAGUGCAGUUCCGCAAAACCCUGCAAACCGAAAACAACGCCCGCAGCCGCCUGGGGGACAUCGUAAUCUCCACUCUCCGUGACCGGGUUGCCCUGCGCGAUCGCACCGAUAUAAUCGGCGCCAAAACUCAACUCGACGAUUCGGAGACGCGAACUGAAAUUCUCGAUGAGGUGCUCCUGAGGGUUCAGGAAAUUACCCAGCGGGAUAAUUUCGGCAUUGAAAUCAUCGACGUGCGGAUCAAGCGUGCCGACUUCCCACCGGCCGUUACCAAUUCCAUCUACACCAGAAUGCGCGCCGAACGUAACCGUAUCGCUGCCGGAUUCCGCGCCGAAGGUCAAGCGCAGGCCAUCCAGAUUCUGGCGGAAUCGCUGAACCGCGACCCCGAACUGUUCGCCUUCCUGCGGAGCCUCGAAUCCUACCGGCUGAUAUUCCAGCCCGGAGACACCGUCAUUCUGCCGGCUGACUCUCCGCUGCUGCGUUACCUGACCGGCCCGGGCGGAACUACGCCCGCCGAAUAA